UAUUUUUAUUUUGUUUAAGUUUGAUCUUUGUAACUAUGAAAAUUAACAUCCGAGAUUCCACCAUAGUCAGGCCUGCAGGCGAGACCCCAAUCACUAGUCUUUGGAACUCCAACGUUGACCUCAUCAUCCCAAGGUUCCACACCCCAAGUGUCUACUUCUACAGACCAACAAGCGACUCCAAUUUCUUUAACCCUCAGGUCCUCAAGGACGCUCUUUCCAAGGUCCUCGUCCCCUUUUACCCCGUGGCUGGUCGCUUAAAGAGAGGCAAUGAUGAUCGUAUAAAGAUCGAUUGCAAUAGCGCCGGUGUUCUCUUCGUCGUCGCCGAUACUCCCUCUGUCAUCGACGAUUUUGGGGACUUCGCUCCUACCCUCGCUCUUCGUCAGCUUAUUCCCGGUGUUGAUUACUCCGCCGGCAUCCACACUUUCCCGCUCCUCGUCUUGCAGGUGACAUUCUUCAGAUGUGGGGGAGUUUCUCUUGGAGUUGGCAUGCAACACCAUUUGAAUGAUGGUUUCUCUGGUCUCCAUUUUAUCAAUACAUGGUCUGAUAUGGCCCGUGGUCUUGACCUAACCAUCCCACCAUUCUUUGAUCGAACCCUCCUCCGCGCUAGAAACCCGCCUCAGCCUGCUUUUCAUCAUGUUGAAUAUCAUCCUUCCCCUAGCAUGAAUAACAAACAUGAUGAUACCACGGUCUCUAUUUUCAAAUUAUCACGCGAUCUGCUUGUUGCUCUCAAGGCUAAAUCCAAGCAGGAUGGGAACACUGUAAGCUACAGCUCAUACGAGGUCUUGGCUGCCCACGUGUGGAGAUCAGUGGGCAAAGCGCGCGGACUUCCAGACGACCAAGAGACCAAGUUGUACGUUCCAAUUGAUGGAAGGUCAAGGCUUCGCCCGCAGCUGCCCCUUGGUUACUUUGGCAAUGUGUUAUUCACUGCCACACCAAUGACCGUUGCAGGGGAUCUUCUAUCAAAGCCAACAUCGUAUGCUGCAGGGAUGAUUCAUGAUGCUAUAGCUCGCAUGGACGAUAAGUAUCUGAGGUCUGCUCUUGACUACCUUGAGAUGCAACCUGAUCUGUCAGAACUGGUCCGCGGUGCACAUACCUACAAGUGCCCAAACUUGGGAAUCACAAGCUGGGCCAGAUUACCCAUUUACGAUGCUGACUUUGGUUGGGGUCGUCCCAUAUUUAUGGGACCUGGUGCAAUUGCAUUCGAGGGUUUGUCUUUUGUGCUACCAAGUCCUUCAAAUGAUGGCAGCUUAUCCUUGGUCAUUUCUCUCCAAUCUGAACACAUGAAACUGUUUAAGAAGUUUUUGUACGAGAUAUGAGAGAGAUAUAACAAGCUUAUGGUCUACUUUUGAUUUAAUAAUUAUUGAGAAACGUCAGAAUUUUUAAGUUAAAUGGAAUAAUGUUAUUGAGAAUGAA